AUGCGUGAGCACAUGGACGACCGUCUUCCUUUGGAAUACAUUUGGUUAGAAAUCUUGCGGAACCAUCCGGUAUACAGGCUUGGUUGUUUGGCAGAAGUCGACGUUACUGACGGGCGUCUUACGUCUUGCUCUCGAGCCAGGUGCCCAAACAGCCUACUUAACACUCGGGAGCGCGUGUUCACGAACUCUGUCAAGCCUUUGGACGUUGGGCCCCGGACACUCGCGGACAUGUUAUCUGCCACCUUAGCCCCUUUGUGCUGCAAUGGCGAGGGACGGGAAAGCACCCUUCUCUCCACAACCCCUACUCACUGCCACGCAAUUGAACAAAAUCCUCGCCAAAAUGUAUUCAAACAAAAAAAAGAAUUGAAAAUGCGUACACUGGAUCAACAGUACGAGGAGGUGAAAAAGCGGACAGAAUGUAGUCACGUGAUGAAGUACGGUGUGAUGCCAGUUGUUGUAGACAGACAAUCUCCAUCUCGGACGCAUUUGUUUUCGCUGACUCGACGCCUGAUGGAGGCCACUACUGAGGAAGGACACGAAUUUGUUCAGCGAAAACUUAACCGUGCACUUCAG